AUGGUUUCUCAAGCGCCAAGCAAGGAUUCUAGCUUGAACAAAAAUGAAUGUAAGGAGCUUAAAGUUUCAAAACCCCGAACAAAGCCCUCGAAGAAGAUGAAAUUUGUUUCAUCUGCUGAGACAGAACUAGGUAGCACGACAACAUUUUCUGAGGAGCCAAAGUCUAGUCGUGGUAUAAAUGCAAUGCCCCGUGUUGUGAAGAGAAAAUUGUAG